AUGGAAGCCACCCCGAUCUCCAUGAAGCCACCAUCGCCGGCGCCGGCGGCGCCACCCCCGUCCACGCUGGAGCCUAGGCACAUGCCAACGCAUGCCGUCGGAGGGACCGAGCUGGAGCCGUCCAGCAUGAACCAGCUGGCAAUAGCCCCGGACCCCAAACGGCAGAGGGUGGAGGAGUCUGCGGAUGGCAACGGGUGCAAGCAUUGCGCCUGCAAGAAGUCGAGAUGCUUGAAGCUCUAUUGCCCAUGUUUUUCUGGAGGUGGUUAUUGUUCUGAUAAGUGUGGCUGCCAACCAUGUUUCAACAAAGAAGCUUUUUCAGAAACAGUUCAGACUACUCGCAAGGUGUUACUUUCAAGACAGAAGCGUAUGUCAAUGAAAAUUAAUAGGAGACCUGAGGCAAAUGCUGAACCUGUGGAAGAUGCUCACCAUUCUUCUUCUUCAACUCCACCAAGGAAAGGUUGCAACUGCAAGAAAUCAAGUUGCCUAAAGAAAUACUGUGAUUGCUACCAGAAUGGGACCGGAUGUUCCUUGUUUUGCUGUUGUGACGAUUGCCAGAAUCCUUUUGGGAAAAAUGAAGGCAUAAUGGCUGAUGAUAGUAAGCGCUAUCUAUAUACUGGUGCUGAUUUGGAUCACAGCGAGGGUGAACAUGACUUUGUUGUGGAGCGCUCGCCUCGUCUACAAUCACCUAUCUCGAAGGAGUCUUCUUUUCAUCAAACCCCACCUCAUCUUAGGGCCUCAAGCAGAGACACACAUGUGUUCCCACAGGGGAUAUCCCAAUGGCAGGCACUGCCCCGCUCGUGGCAGCAUUGUUCCAACAAGAGGAACAGCAAUGACCGGGCGAUGGACGACUCUGCAAACUACAAGAACUCAAACCAUGACUGGCAGCUAUCCAAGCCCGAGGACAGCUACAGCAUAUCGAAGUGCGUCCAGAUCCUGAACGGCAUGGUGGAGCUGUCACAGGUGGAGAAAUCAGUUGCCCCCGAUGUCUUCCUGCAGCCGGGCAACCGGGAAAUUUUCAUCUCCCUCGGCGGAGACGUGCGCGCCAUGUGGCUGAAGCGCAAGAUUCAGCACCUGGCCUAG